AUGCCUUUUGGUGAAGGGCCAAGAAUAUGUAUAGGUCUGAGGUUUGCGAAGAUGCAAGUGAUUGCUGGCUUGGUCACCUUGUUAAAGAAGUAUCGAGUUGAGCUGGCGGAGGGUAUGGAAAGAAAAGUGGAAUUUGAACCUAAAGGAUUGAUCACGUACCCCAUCAGCGGGAUCAACCUCAAGUUUAUUGAAAGAGAAGGAUGGAAAGAUCGGGUGUUUCAGUCUCCUAAGUCUAAAGUUUCUUCUUGA